AGUAAAAGAAGAUGGCGGACACCUGUCAAAAAAUUUCCAAAAACUUUUUAAAAUCUGUAUUUGUCCUUCUGCUUACAAAACAAAUCAAUCUUGUGAAGUCUGCGCCAGUUACUGUGCUGUACAUGUAAGCAAUUAACAAUUAGCAUGAGAAAACAUCUGAAUGGAAUAGCCUUUUAGAAAAAAUUUGUUUAUAAUCGAUGUCUUCCAAGUAGUGUGUACCAAUGUAUAAAAAAUUAGGCCUACAGACUAAUAUUUUUGAUUACAUUGGCCUUCAUCAUGCACGUUAAAAAGAUAUUACGUGAACAUUUUAUGAUGUGAUUCUAUUCUGGCUUUUUUGUGUGAAAUCUGUGAUAAAAACACAUUCCAUUCAUUUACAUACCAAAUUAAAAAUGGCCGACAACGAAGCAUUCCAACCAGUCAUGAUUGGCGAUUCCAUUGAUUUCCUUUCUCCGUCCAAAUGUGGAGAAAAACGUGAGAGUCGGGAUGUCGAUUUGGUGCCAAAACAUUCAGGGCGAAUCGGCUGCCCUGAAACAGAAAAUAUUGUAAAAGAAGCAACGGAUAAACUGACCAAUUUAGAAAUAUCAUCUAGUUCCCCCUCAAGAAAGUCUCCAUCAAAUCGUAGCCAAUCUGUUAGUUUGGAUGACCCGCCUCCGUUACCUAAAAGACUACCACCCAAGUCAAGCCGAUCUCUAGACUUUGCAAGUGGAUCACGCUGUGUUGUCACCGAUUUGGAUCAGGCAAUGCAGCAAAUGGAUGAACAAAAGCUUCAAGCAUUAUUUGGAGAAAACAUGCCAAAAUCGUCACAGGAGGAAAAUCGUUCGAGUAUAUCGGGCAAGUCAUUAGAGGAGGACGACGGGGAGCUAGAAACAGAUCUAGAUGAAGUUCUUGUGGAUUUUAAACAGUCUCCAAAAGUUAUUACUAAUGUCCAGGCCUCCCAGCCGCGACUAGAAACUAAAUCUACAAAGAAUCCUGACGCUAAAAAGAAAGAUUACUACAUGCCCACUGUGAAUUUAGAAGAUGCAGUAAAAUGGCCAGAAAAUAUACCUCGAAUUCUUAGAUUUGGACAAAAAGAAGUUUUUGAAGGUCAGACGUUAGUUCAUUGGUUUAGUUCUGCUAUUGACAGCCAGCAUUAUCUGCACAUGGUUUUAACGAAACAUGAUAUUAGAGUUAUCUUCUCCCAAUUCUGUACUUACUUACUUGGCGCUGGAGUUUUACGGGAGAAAGAUCCAGGACCACUCCAUUCUAUAUAUAAGGGCAGUAACAUGUAUUAUUGGGCCCACCUGGAACCAACAACAGGAAGUCAUCACCUGGAACUGGCCCCUACUAAAUUGACCCCAAUGUGGCCCCCGCCCAGUUCAGUUGAAGAAGAAGUCAAACCUGGAUUAAAAUACACAGAAGCAGAUCAUCAGUCAGCGAUGGUACAGAUACGUCAACAAUAUAAAGAUGAUUUUGAUAAAUUAAAGGAAGAACAUCAGUGUGAACUAGACAAGGUCAAGGACGAUUACGUCAAGAAGAUAAAAGAAUGUACUGAAAGAAUUUUACUGUUACAAAAAGAAGUUGAACAUUAUCAAGUUUUAGCGGGAAUCGAAAAAUUAACACAAAAUGCAUUAUCUGAAGCGAAUGCUGCAAGUCAAGAGGAAGGUCAAAGGUCAUCACAAAAUGGUUUCGCUGGAUCAGAAGAAAGGAGAAACGAAAGAAUGAUUUAUGUGACGGGAACACCGAAUAAUUCAGCCAGUUAUAACGAUCAAUUGAUUACGCCUGAGUGUGUGCGCGAUGGAUCAAGUUACCCAGCAUUCACCUCCCCGGAUGAUUAUCUAUCCCCGUUACAUCCACCACAAGAACUCGUUCCGACACCAAAGAAACAGAACUCUUGUAACGAGUUACCAGGCGGGCCGGUUGUAUCUCCAUUAGGAAAUGUUGUUCAUGCCCCACCCCCUCCCCCUGGAGCUCCUCCAUUACCUGGUAAUAUGAACCCACCACCACCACCUCCUCCUCCCCCUCCAGGUAUGGGUCCACCCCCACCCCCUCCACCGCCUCCUGGAAUGGGGCCACCUGCUCCUCCCCCGUUACCUGGAAUGGGUCCCCCACCUCCUCCUCCACCUCCUGGCAGUAUCACUAAAACCAAAGGACCAUCAAAGCCUAUGAUUAGUCCAAAAUCUCCGAUGAAACCAUUAUUUUGGCAGAGGCUACAAGUUCAUACUUUAAGACAGAGAGAAAAAAAAUUAAGUGAGUUACAGUUAUUUUGGGAAAAGGUUGAAGAACCGGUUGUUGAUAUGGAUGAAUUCGAUUCCAUGUUCUGUAAAUUACCCAUCGAACGGAAAACAAAAACAUCGACCACUAAAAAGAAGGCAAAAACGAAAGAGGUUGCCAAGGUGAUAGAUGCCAAGAGAUCACAAUCAGUAGGAAUAUUUCUAUCCAGUCUCCGUCUGGAAAUGGUGGAUAUAGAAAAUGCUAUUCUGAAUUUAGAUACCUCUGUGAUAGAACAAGAGAAGUUGAAAUCUAUUUACGAUAUGAGAGGAACAGAAGAAGAAAUUAAAAUGAUUACCAAAUAUUUGAGUAAAAAUCCUGAUGUUCAGUUAGAUAAACCAGAUCAGUUUCUGUAUGAUCUAACCCUGGUACCAGAUUUUGCCGAGAGAAUUUUCUGUUUUAUUUUUCAAAGUACAUUCCAAGAGGAGAUAUCUGUGAUAGAUACAAAACUAAAUAAUUUGAAAAUGACCUGUGAGGAAUUGAUAGAUGGUUUUGGAGUAAGAAGAAUAUUUGGUUUGAUAUUAACGUUUGGUAAUUAUAUGAAUGGAGGUAGCAGAACUCGUGGUCAAGCAGAUGGAUUUGGUUUAGAAAUUCUUCCCAAGAUACGAGAUGUGAAAGGCAAGGAUAAUCGUACGAGUUUACUUCAAUAUGUUGUAUUAAAAUAUAUCCAACGCUAUGAACAAGAGGAAGCAGGAUCAGAGAGAGUGAAACUUCCACUACCAGAUCCUAGUGAUAUUAGUCAAGCUUCCUUAGUCAACUUUGAGGAUAUCAGAAAAGAUCUGAAAAGAAUUAAAAAGGAUUUUGAAUCUGCUGAAAAACGGGCUGAGAAAGUUUUACAAUCCUCGGCUUCAAAAAAUUGUCAAGAACCAUUUCAUAAAGUCAUGUCUACAUUCUUUAUUAAAGGUAAACAAGACUGUAAAGAACUGGAAGAUCUGAUAGAUGAAAGUUAUAAAAAAUUUGAAGAAACUGUGAUAUAUUUUUGUGUAAAACCUAAAAGUGGAGAAAAGGAAGUAACUGCUGGUUAUUUUUUCUCGUUUUGGUCAAGUUUUUGUAAAGAUUUUAAAGAUUGUUGGAAAAAAGAACAACAAAAAAUCAUCAAAGAAAGAAUAAAAGAAGCCCAGAAUCAUGUAAAGAGAUUGAAAGACGAUAAGAAAGUUAUUUUAUCUCAGACCAGAUCUAGGAAAGCAGGAGGACUGAAAGACAGAUUGGCUAAAUCUGGAAUGUUUUAAGAAUCUGCUGUCUUUUAAUGUAUGUUGAAGUGUCUGAAAAGUUCUGUUUUAUGCAUUUUUAUAGUCCAUAUUUAAUAGAUAUUUACUAACUAUAUGUACAUCUUAUAUAUCUGAUAUAUAAUGUUAUGCUAGGUUCACACUAUCACGAUUCGUGGCUUUAAUCGUGGAGUAAUUGUGAUGAUCCUAUCAGAUCUUAUCAUAUAUUGAGGUCAGUCGUAAAAAUCGUUUUUAAUUGUAUUGAAACGUACCAGAUUGUGGACUCAAUAGGUACAAUCCUAUCGUAACACAUCGCAUGACAGUAGGAACCUAGCAUAAUAGAAAUGUAACGCUUCUAAUGUAAUAACAUGUAUCCAGUAGGGGACACAGUAUUUCUAGUUAGGGUUAGGGCUAGGGUGUCAAUAGUGAUCUGAAUAUAACAUUGAAAUUCAUCCGCCGCAACACCCCGACCAACAAAAAGCACAAUUUUAGAUGAGGGGAAUGCAGGCCCCUAGGGCCCCCAUCUGUAUCUGUCACUGCAUGUAUUAGUUAGGGUUGUACAAGUAUACUUGCCGUAAUACAAUAAGCCACACAUGUCAUCUAGUGUAAUGACAGGUGAAUCCCCCUCUACAAAUGUUUGUCCUUAUAUGGACAUGUACAUCUAAUAUUUAGAUGUUAUAUAUAUGGUUGUUAUAUAUACAUGUAUUAAAGUAGAUAAAGUACAAGUACUUCUAUAUUUACGGUAGAUAAAUUAAUAAAAAAUAUGUCCAGGUAAAAAAUUCACCACUUUACUUCAUUCUAACAUACAUUAAAUCUUAUAAACUAGCUGUCUUCCUUCUAUAGGUGUCUUCAUAUUUUAAAGAUACAUUAUGGGAGAUUAGAUAAAGAUCUGGUAGUUCUCACUAUAAUAGUUCAAAACUACAUAAUGUAAAGGGAAUUUGCUGAAAUUUCAUUCAAAUUGAUCCACAAUGAAGCGGGAAUUUACCGAUUCAAUUUUGGGCCUAGCCUCGAUCAUCAUUACGGUACUCUACUAAAGUUGGUACGAUAAAAAAAACAUAGUCUCGAUUAUCCACUGUUUGAUUUAAUCAAAAGCAGCAGACCGGGUUUGAAUCCAGUAAAUAUCGCAGACUAGCGAUGGCAUCGAGAGUUGAUUAUGGUCUGGAUAAGUUAAUUAAUGUCUAAUUAAUAAUUUAGAUAACAUUUCAGGCCUAAAGAAAGACCUGUAAUCGGCAGAUUUAGCUCUUGCAUAAUGUAUGUUUAAUAAUGUAUACAAAAAUUUAAAAUUGAACCAUACAUAUAUAUGCAUAUAGAUAUACAACUAUCUGGAUUACACUCAGAUCUUAUAUGGACAUCUACACCUGUGUUCAAGUAUGCCCAGGCUGACUUACAUCACCUGACAGAUUGACUUACAUCACCUGACAGGUUGACUUGCAUCACCUGACAAUUUGACUUACAUCACCUGACAAUUUGACUUCCUCACAGUGACUUACAACUCCUGACGGUUUGACUUAAAACACCUGACAGUGACAAUGUACCUCACAUACAGAUUUAGAUUACUUUUCUUAAUUUAAUUGCGUUCACAAAUCUAGACACUACCAUAGAUGGCCAUAUGGUUAGUGCUUUGUGUUAUAAGGUCUGUGAUUGAGUCAACUGGCAAGGUUUCGAUGUCCCGGUUGUGCGUGACAAGGAGUAGGGUCACCUGUCCAACCUCGUGGGUUUCUCCGGGUCCACCAGUUUCCUCCCACUGCUAAAGAACCUCACACUAACUAUAUCCAAGGAGCAUAAAAAAUCUUAAUCAGGCUCUAAUAUUUGUAUCUUUUCCAGAAUUAUAUUUAUUAUUUUUAUAUAGUUAUAUGUUUACAACAUUCCCCCAAUAUUAAAAUCAAACUAUGUUUAUUUACAUUCAAACUGUUGUUUUGUUUGGGAUUUCUCAUCUUAAAGAAGAAAAAUACCCUUGACUUACUGUAAAAUAUAAUGUUGAGUAAGAUCAAAAGAUAUUGUUGACUUGCAUUAAAAUAUAAUGCUGACUUAAGUUAAGGUUAAAAUGUAAUGUUGAUUUAAGGUAAAAUGUAAUUUUGACUGUAAAAAUUUAAGGUAAAAUGUAAUUUUGACUGUAAAAAUGUAAUGUUGAUUUAAGGUCAAAUGUAAUUUUGACUAGAAAUGUAAUGUUGAUUUCAGUUAAAAUAUAAUUUUUACUGUAAUCAAAAAAUAUUACUAACUAAAGUUUUUGUAGAAGCCAAAAUGCGAUUUUGACUCCUGGUAGAAUUAAAUGCGGAAUAAGACCAGAAAAUAAUUUGGACUGCAGUCACAAAAAAUAUAACGUUGACUUAAACUGAUGUUCUGGGGGAUCGGGUAUUAGUAAUGAUGAAACAAAGUUAGCUGUUCACCACAUUAUUUACAUCGACUAUGAAUUGGGGAUCACGUGGCUAAGUGGGUAAGACGCUGGCUUGCUAGCCCGAAGGUUGGGUGUUCGAUCCCUGCAUUGGCUGAGAAAGUUCAUCCAGAUUUUCCAGCGUGGUUUCCCCUUGUCAGUGAUGCAGGAUGGAGGACCUGACAAGGACAGCUGUCUAGUCUUUCGGAUGGGAUGAAAAACCAAGGUCCUGUGUACACAUUGGCAUGCAUGUAAAAAGAUCCCUUGGAAGUUGGAAUUCGAUAUAAGAGUAGGCCGUAGUGCCGAUGCCCGGGCAAAAUUUCCCUCAUAGCACACUGUAUGGUGUAUGCCCUUCUUCAUUAGCCCAGGUUAGGAACAGAACUGUAGGACGUUAAACCCCAUUUCAUUUCAUUUAAUACCUGGAAUUUUUCAUUUUUGAAAAUAAUCAAAAUGGUCACCCUUUUCAUCAAUAAACAUUCCUUAAUGUAUUCACAUGUUCAAUGUAGGUCUGGAAAUAUUGUCGGUUGAUCAUAACAAAAUGUCAGGAAAUAAUUAUGUUGUACCUGGCGUUUGUAACUUUGUCAUGGACAUUUAGUAUAAACAUCAAUAAAAUUACUGAGACAAUGACAGACUACCAUAUAAUUAUACCGGACAAAGUUUGAUUUUCUGCCCGACAUUAUUUCUAGCCCAGGGGCCUGUUUCACGAAAUUUUAACUAAGAUAAAAUCCAAAUUUUAGUAAUUUGAUUGGAUAAUAUUAGAUUGAUUUUAGUGCUUAGCCAAUCAAAAUUAAAGUAUCUACUAAAAUUUGGAUUUAAUCCUUAGUUAAGAUUUUGAGAAACAGGGCCUUGGAGCAAAGGUUGUGUCCAAAGGUUGUUUCGUAUGAUCUUUAGUUAUUUUAAAAUAUAGAUCUUCAAUUGUUUAAAUAUACAAUGUUAUUAUGUAGUAAAUUAUAUAUAUAUAUAUAACUGCUUGUAUUUAUUUUAUAGUUAUUAUGUUUUAUACUGUAAAUAAAUACAUAUACAGCACAGA